AUGGCAAUUGUUGAUACAGUUGUUAGACUCCUUGACGAGGGAGAGUAUAGCCAAGAUGCGUCAAUCAACAGGCUGGAGAUUACUGCAAAUACUAGUCAGUCAUUUUCACCGAUUGACCUUCCACUAUUAGAGCACACGAAUGAAGAGUGCAAGAUGAGAGAGGUCCACCUUGGUUCUGGUGAACAUACUGUGAGGUCCCAUGGAGUUACAGUUGCAAGGACACACAAGCAUGAUUGGCUUAUGCUUGUGCUUCUUGUGGUGAUAGAGGGCAUCCUCUAUCUUACGCCUCCAUUUUAUCGAUUUGUUGGGAAGGAUAUGAUGACAGAUCUUAAAUAUCCUUUGUUAGAUAAUACAGUGCCUGUUUGGACUGUCCCUAUGUACGCUGUUCUUUUGCCUAUGGCAAUAUUCUUCAUUGUCUACUUCCGUAGGAGAGACAUCUAUGAUCUUCAUCACGCCAUACUAGGCCUCUUAUUCUCCAUUCUAGUGACAGCUGUCCUUACUGAUUCAAUAAAAAUGCAGUUGGUCGCCCUCGACCUGAUUUCUUUUGGCGUUGUUUUCCUGAUGGAAAGGAUGUAUGCUUCUAUGGACCUGCAAUAUUUGAUACUUUCUACUGUUUAUGAUCAGUUGGGAAAUGUGAUAUGUCAUGGUGACAAAAGUGUCAUAAAGGAAGGGCAUAAAAGUUUUCCCAGUGGGCACACUUCAUGGUCCUUUGCUGGUCUGGGUUUCCUAUCACUCUACUUAUCUGGAAAACUACAAGCAUUUGACCGUAAAGGCCAUGUUGCAAAACUAUGCAUCGUCAUCUUACCACUACUAGCUGCAAGUCUUGUUGCCAUUUCCCGAGUGGACGACUACUGGCAUCAUUGGCAGGAUGUCUUUGCAGGAGGUCUCUUAGGACUUGUGGUCUCCACAUUUUGCUAUUUGCAAUUCUUUCCCCCACCAUAUCAUCCUCAAGGAAUGAUUUUGAUUAGGCACCUAGGUUGGGGACCUUAUGCUUACUUUUAUGAACUGGAGAAGUCGCGUGAAAAUGCACAAGCAGACACUGCUGUAAUUCCACUUAAUGCAGAGUCAGUGGAUUCACAUGUUGAGAGCCAAGAAGAUGAUAGUAAUGGAUUCUUAGGGCUCCAUCUGGCACCUGACGUAACUACGCCUGUUGAAGAUGUGGAAUCCGGGAGGAGAAAUAGUUCCAUUCUUGCCAAAAACCAGUAUGGGGGCAUGCAACAGGAAGUGAGUGAUAGAAUGAAGGAGCUGGAACCUUGA